AUGGCCCCUAUUAGUGCCGUUGCUCCUGGGAGGGUUCCAGGGGGCGCAAAAGCUACUGGCAGGGCCCCUGGCGGCGCCACCGCACCUAACAGGUCCCCUGAGGGCGCCAUUGUACCUAGUAGGGCCCCUGAGGGCGCCGUUGCCCCUGGCAGGGCCUCUUCGGUUGCAAAUGCCCCUGUGACGGCCCGUGGGGCCACCACCGCUCUUGGGAUUGCCCCUGGGGGCGCCACCGCCCGUGACAGGGCUCCUGGGGGCGCCACGGCCCCUGGCAAGGCCCCUGGUGGCACCAUUGCCCCUAAGAGGGCCUUUGGGGUUACUGCCCCCCUAAGGAGGGCCACUGGGGUUGCUGCUGCUGCUCCUGUAAGGGCCCCUGGGGACACCAAGGCCUCUGGGAGAGCCCCUAUGGGUCCCGCCUCAUCUAGGAGGGCCCCUGGGGGUACCGACACCCAUGUGAGGGCCCCGGCGGGCGGUUCCUUACCUGGGAGGGCCCUUAGAGGCGGGCUCAAGGGUCACCGAGGCCCUUGGGAUUUCCUCUGGGGGCCCUGUCACCCCUAA